AUGGUGGAAGGUAAUAAUACGUUUGCAUCCGAGUUUAUUCUCCUGGGCUUCACAAAGCAAGAAGACCUGCAGGUGACUUGCUUUGUCUUAUUCCUUGCCAUCUAUCUGCUCACUCUAAUAGGAAAUCUGGGAGUAAUUAUGUUAAUCAGAAUCGAUUCGCGCCUACACACCUCCAUGUACUUCUUCCUAGGCCACUUGUCUCUCCUGGACAUCUGCUACUCCUCCACCAUCAUCCCUCAGAGCUUGCUGCAUUUUUUAGCGGAGAAAAAGGUAAUUUCCUUCGUUAGGUGCGCAACUCAGCUUUUCUCCUUCGCGGCUUGUGCCACCGCCGAGUGCUACGUGCUGGCCGCCAUGGCUUACGACCGCUACAUGGCCAUUUGCAACCCGCUGCUCUACGCCGCGGCCAUGUCCCAGAGGCUUUGCGUUGGGAUGUUGGCUGGCGCCUACUUAGCUGGUGUGAUCAGCUCCACCGUACACACCGUUUCCACGUUUCGCCUCCCGUUCUGCCGGUCCAAGAGAAUCAAUCAUUUCUUCUGCGAUGUGCCUCCGCUGCUAGCCCUCUCCUGCUCUGACACCCGCGUCAACAGGGUGAUAGUUUCUGCCAUGGUGGGGUUCAACGUGCUAAGCACCACUGUCUUCAUCCUCGUCUCCUACUCGUCCGUCCUCUCCACCGUCUUGCGGACGCGCUCGGUGGCGGGCUGGCACAGAGCCCUCUCCACUUGUGCCGCUCACUUGGUCUCCGUCGCGUUGUACUACGGCAGCUCCCUCUUCACGUACCUGCGCCUCGGCUCCAGGCACUCCCCGGAGCGUGACCAGGUGGUCUCCGUGCUGUACUCCGUCGCAGUCCCCAUGCUGAACCCGCUCAUCUACAGCCUAAGAAACGCGGACGUGAAGAACGCCGCGAGGAAAGCAAAAGGUAGAGUCCUCUCCUCCUUGUCCCUCCGUGGUUCCCGCGCAGCUGAAGGGAGAGGGCUACCCUUCCGCG